AUGGUUCAUAUAGCUACGUCUGCAGUAAAUACUACUCGUCACUUAUCCACGGUUCAUAUAGCUACGUCUGCAGUAAAUACUACUCGUCACUUAUCCACGGUUCAUAUAGCUACGUCUUUAGUAAAUACUACUCGUCACUCAUCCAGGGUUCGUACAACUCCUUGUCUUCCGUUCACAGUAUCAGAUAAUCGAUCUUUUUAUGAACGUGAAUAUCCUCAAACGAAUUUACCUCGACGAUUAUCAAAUUCAUCGUAUCAUAAUGUUCUACAUCAACUUCGUUCUCUUCGUUUAAUUGUCGUAGCAUGUGCUCGUAAUGUUGAAUCAGAUAUUAAAAAGUAUCGAUCUCGUAUUGAACCAAUUCUUGAUCUCUUUCAUUCAUCAUCUCGUAUUCUUAUUUGCGAAAGUGAUUCAAAUGAUAAAACUAUAGAAAAACUUUAUCAAUGGUCUCGUGCACAAGUUUAUACAUAUGGUAAUAUGAUGAAAUCGUAUCCAGGACGUACUGAUCGUCUUGAAUUUUGUCGCAAUACACUGAUUAACAAAACACACGAUCUGAAAGCUGAUUAUAUCUUAGUUACCGAUAUAGAUAUGUUUCGUACUACAGUUCCUUCUUUUCUUUCUAAUUUCCGAUAUAAUAUAGACGAUUGGUCAGUAAUGACAGCAUCGUCAAGCGAUCCAUAUUAUGAUAUUUGGGCAUUACGUACAUUAUCUGAUUCAAUUAUGAAUUAUGAUAUAUGGCAUCGAAUAUGGGAUUUAAGAAAACCUGGUAAAAACUAUUGUUAUGAAACACUUGUGAAUCUAAUUGUUCGUGUUCAUCAAAAACGUAUUCCGCUUGAAUAUGGUUUAAUUGAAGUACGCUCAGCUUUUGGUGGUGCUGGAUUAUAUAAAGCGAAUUCAACAUAUACAUGUCAAUACGAUGGAGAAGGUAAUACUUGUGAACAUAUAGAAUUUCAUUUAUGUAUACGAGAACAAAAUCACGGAAGAAUUUUUAUUAAUUCUGCAUUUCAAGUUUUUUAA